AUGUCCACUACCAUCGCUUCAGAAUAUGCCAAUGAAGUUAAAAAUGUACCCAUUGAACACCAAUUCAACCCUUACUCUGACAAUGGAGGUACAAUUCUAGGUAUUGCAGGCGAGGAUUUUGCAGUUCUGGCGGGUGACACCAGACACACAACAGAUUACUCGAUCAACUCGCGGUACGAACCUAAGGUUUUCGAAUGUGGCGAUAACAUUGUGAUAUCUGCAAACGGAUUUGCAGCUGAUGGAACAGCACUUGUGAAGAGAUUCCAAAACAAUUUGAAAUGGUACCAUUUCGAUCACAACAACAAGAAAAUGAGCAUGAAAUCCGCGGCCCGUAACAUCCAGCAUUUGCUGUACGGGAAACGGUUUUUUCCUUACUAUGUGCACACAAUCAUUGCUGGGCUUGACGAAGAGGGUAAGGGCGCAGUAUAUUCGUUCGACCCUGUAGGAUCGUACGAAAGGGAACAGUGUCGUGCCGGUGGUGCCGCAGCUUCUCUUAUAAUGCCGUUUUUGGACAACCAGGUCAAUUUCAAAAAUCAGUACGAGCCAGAUAGCGAUGGAACUAAACCUAGGCCGGUGAAGUUCUUGUCCGUGGAGGAAGUGGUACAGCUGGUGAGAGAUGCGUUUUCGUCGGCGACGGAAAGACACAUUCAUGUUGGUGACGGUGUCGAGAUCCUGAUAGUCACAAAGGAGGGCGUCCGCACCGAGUAUUUCCCACUGAAACGAGACUGA